UUGUGUGUGUGUGCAGUUUGUUCAGUUCAGCCGCCUGAAAACAAACCGCCUUUCUUCGCGGAUAUUUCCUCACUUCGAAGGUUUAUUUCUGUUUCGGGGGGGUUAUUAUUAUUAUUAUUAUUAAUUUUCUUUUUUUUUUUUUUUCUUUUUUUUUUGCGUGUGUGAAGAAGCUCGACGAGGAUAAGAAAGCAGGAGUCAAAGAAGAAGAAGGAUUAAAAAAAAAGUGACAAACCUGGAGGAGGAACAGGGCGUUCAUACUUCGAAGUAACCAUGGAAGUUCCUGGUAUGCAGAGUACUCAACAUGAUCCAGAGGAGCUGUUCACUAAAUUGGAUCGUAUUGGAAAGGGAUCUUUCGGAGAGGUGUUCAAAGGCAUUGAUAACCGCACUCAGAGUGUCGUUGCCAUAAAGACGAUCGAUCUGGAAGAGGCGGAGGAUGAGAUCGAAGACAUACAGCAAGAGAUCACGGUGCUCAGUCAGUGCGACAGUCCGUUCAUUACAAAGUACUACGGCUCCUACCUCAAGGGCAGUAAAUUAUGGAUCAUCAUGGAGUAUCUUGGAGGGGGUUCAGCGCUUGACUUGCUACGGGCAGGUCCGUUUGAUGAGUCUCAGAUCGCCACCAUGCUGAAGGAGAUCCUGAAGGGUCUCGACUACCUGCACUCUGAGAAGAAGAUCCACAGAGACAUCAAAGCUGCCAACGUCCUGCUGUCAGAGCACGGUCAGGUGAAGCUCGCGGACUUCGGAGUUGCAGGUCAGUUGACGGACACACAGAUCAAGAGGGAAACUUUUGUGGGAACGCCGUUCUGGAUGGCUCCUGAGGUCAUCCAGCAGUCCGCCUACGACUCCAAGGCAGACAUUUGGUCGCUGGGCAUCACGGCCAUCGAGCUCGCCAAGGGGGAACCGCCGAACUCCGACAUGCAUCCAAUGCGAGUGCUCUUCCACAUCCCUAAAUCCCCGCCUCCAAUACUGACGGGAGAUUUCUCCAAGAGCUUCAAAGAGUUCACAGAAGCCUGCCUCAACAAGGACCCUACCUUUCGUCCCACAGCCAAGGAGCUGCUCAAGCACAAGUUCAUCGUCAAACACUGCAAGAAGACGUCCUAUCUCAGCGAGCUGAUUGACAGGUACAGGAGGUGGAAGGAGGAGGAACACAGCGGCAGCAGUUCAGACGACUCGGACAGUGAAUCCAGUAAUAAGGAAAACAGCGAUUCACCAGAGUGGAACUUCACCACCGUCCGUAAGAAGAAGCCAGAGAAGCCGGAUGGCAGGACCAUCCUCAAUGGAAAUGAUCAGAUGAGUAAAUCUACCAGUCUGACCACAGUCAUCUCUCCUGUCUUCACAGAGUUGAAGCAACAACACAAGGAGCACUCUGAGCAGCGCCUGGCCAUCGAGGCGCUGGAACGCAACAUUCGAAUAGCCGAAGAUGUCUGCCCAGGAAUCACGGACAGGAUGGUCACACAUAUCAUUGCCAGGUACCAGAAAUUUACAACUAAUUGAAAGACGGACGGACAGACCGACCGUGAAGGGAGAGGGAGAGACCGUGUCUCCGUAUGGUGACGCUGCUGGAUGAUGAAAACGGGGCAGAUUUGCUGUGCAGUAUCUCCUCGCUGUACACACCCAUCUCACCACACACUCACAUGCACGCACGCACACACACACACUACCAAUGUAAUAUAUACACUAUAUUAUACAUAUAAAUAUAUAUAUAUAUAUAUAUUCCCUGCUGCUGGUUGAAAACCUUUUACUCCCCAAGGUUAAUUAAAAAAAAAACAACACAAAUCAAACCUGAGUUGGUUGUAUAGUUUUCAUUUCCCUUUAUAGGAUCCUGUACUUCUUAUUUUUCUUGUUUCUUUCGUUCUGACUUUAACGUUUAACGAUAUUUAUAAGACAAAUCUUAAAUCCUCGAGUACUUAUGUUUCUGAUCUGCCUGGAUUGCCAUUAUGUGCCUUCAUUCUUUUUGCUACUUGUCACUUCUUUUCUUAAGAGAUUUUUGUAGAAAGAGAACACAGAGAAAUAUGAUACCAAAGAAGGUUCUCCACCAUCAGCAGUGGUAUGCUUUGUGUCAUGAGUCGCCUGGAGUCUGUAGAUGACUUUAUUCCUGUUUAGUAGCACUUGAGAAGGUAUGAUAUGCCAAUAUUACAUUUGUUUUGUUGUAUUCAGUAAUGCGUUUCAAUUACAGUUCCCUGAUCCCAGAAUUCAUUCAAGGCAGUUUCCGUUAAAGCAGCAGCGAUCCUUCAGCUUGACUGUUUUGUACAGUGACUUUCUUGAAUAUUUGAAGUGAAAAGCCUCCUACUCUAAAACAGUACAAACAUCAGGAAUUUAUGGAACAGUUUAACAUCCAAAGUUUCCCAGUGAAAAACCUGUUAAAAGUUCAUCAAGCUUGAGUCCAUCUCCGGUUUUGGGGGUUACCAGACUCUCAUUAGCUUGGCUAGGCAGCUAGCAGUUUGUUAAGUAGUAAGUUAGCUAUUGUUGUAGCUACCCAAAGUACUUGGCAACCUGUGAGUUGUUAAAAUGUUGAAAAUGGCUUCCAUUUGAAUCAUGUUGGUUUAGUUGUUUUUAAUAACACAGCCACUGCCAUUGCAUAAUGGUUAGACCAGAAAUAUUUUGAUGGACUACUAGAGCCUUGCGAGCUAGGCUAGAUGGUUAGUGGCUUGCUAAACAGUAAGCUAGAUAGUAGAUAGUAAGUAUCAGUAAUUAAGGCCUCAGUCACACAAGCCUAGAGACCAGUUGGGGACCACCUGGCAGCCACCUUAGGGAAAAACAUGUAUCCCCUAUUGAUUCCCUAAUCGCUUGCUAAAGCCCCAGCCACACAUGCCUAGAGACCAGUCAGUGACCACACCUUGUAACCACUGGUCGUGAGGAAAACAAUGUGUAGUCCCAAGCUGGUUGGCAAGUGGUUGCUUGCUAGAUGAAACUGGUUGCAAAGAGGUAUACCGUGCUGCAAUGAAAACCUCCUUGCAACUGUUUUGGUUGCUAGCAGAUUGCCAAGUUGUCUGUAGUUUGCAUGGAAGACGCAAACUACACCAAGUGGUAAUGACACUUGGAAAAGUUUGAUGCAAACUGGAAAUGGAGAAUGUUCCCUUCAAAGUAAAAGUUGUGCCUUACCCCUGAAACUGAUACAUUUCAAAAGGUACGCAUUGUCUGUUCCCACUGCGCUUUUUCAAGUUGGCAUGCAAACUACCAGCAAUCAUGGCAGUCUGAAAGUGACCAAAGGAAGCUUUUGGUUCAACACCCUACUCGGUACCAGUUUCACCUGGCAAAAACAGCAAAACAGUUGAAGGAUACACCUUCUUCGACUUUUAUUUAUGUUAAUAUUUCAGUGGCAGAAAGCUCUGCAAGCAUAUGUCUCCCAGUAGGUUUUUCAUUAUCGAUGACAUUUUGGAAAACUUGUUAACUUUCAGAUUGUGUCAGUGUCAGGACGUUUCCUUUAAUAAACAAUGUUGGAAAGUAGCGCAGGUUUUUUUUUUUCAAGGGCAUGAAGGGACUUGCAAUUGAAGGUAUUACUAAUAGUUUGUACCAAAGACACUAUAAAACUUGGUCACUGUAUAUUUUUGUCUUUUUUAUAUAUAUCAUAAGGGAUAUGACUGUGCUUGUUGAGUGGGGAGAUGUAAAAUGAAAGAUGUAAGAUUUUACAGCAUUGUACUCAUUUUUUGUAGCGGGAUUUAGAGUUUUAUGAAUAAAUAUUUAAGUUUGA